AUGAACAACCGAGUCAAAGGAGGAUCCAGCAUGAUUGGUGUUUAUGGUCGACCAUAUGGAUCAGGCAGCAUUCUGAGUUUUGAUGGAUCAGAAAGUCGUCAAAGUCAUCAGAGUUUAGUGGAGUGGUUAAAUGAGACACUUCCUUAUUUAAAUUUACCAUGGGAAGCUUCAGAGGAAGAACUAAGAGCGUGUCUGAUGGAUGGUACUGUCUUUUGCAAUCUCUUGAAUCAGCUUAGUCCCGGUUCAAUGAAAAUGGGCGGUAGUUUUGAGCUUGCUUCUAUAAAUAUUGAGAGGUUUUUAACAGCUAUGGAUGAAAUGGCCUUGCCAAGAUUUGAGUCUCUAAAGGCGCUUAAAGCUAGUUUCUCUGAUGCUGGAUAUGAUAAGAAUACACUUAGCUCAAUGAGAAGAUGGAGUUUGCCUGAAGAUCAGUCAAAAGGACUUGAUAGCAACUUUAGUGAUGGAUUACAGUCUAAGGAAGUCUCUGAGAUUAAUACACCUCAUGCUAAAAUUUUAGACUUACUAAAAUCAAACACUUUACAGAAUACUUCUACUCGAUCCUUGUUUGAUAUGCUCGAUAAGCUUCUUGACGAGAACAUGCAUAAGAAGAAUAUGGAUGUGUCUCAUGAUUUUGCAUCUAUCUUGAGAGGCAUUGUGCAAGUGGUGGAACAAAGGAUCUCAAAUCAAGCUGAGAACCUAAAGAAUCAAAACAUACUCUUUAGGGUUCGAGAAGAAAAAUAUAGAUCAAGAAUAAAUGUAUUAGAAACCUUAGCAUCUGGGACAACAGAUGAGAAUGAGCUAAGGUCAGAAGAACAAGAUAUACUCCAACUGAAAAGGAAAAAGGAUCGCAGUGAUGCUGAGCUUUUUAAGUUGAAGCAAGAACUUGAAGUUUUGAAAGAGGCACACGGAAAAAAAAUUCUGGAACUAGAAUUAUAUGCUCAGCAAGCUAAAACUGUGCUGGAGAAGAAAUUAGAAGAGUCAGAGUUACGUGUGGUAGACUCAACCAAUAAAGUGAAAGAACUCGAAAAAUUAUGUGAAACCAAAACGAAAAUAUGGGAGAAGAAAGAGCAAACAUACAAGAGCUUUAUAAACAAGCAGUCAGAGGCUUUGCAGGACUUGAAAGUUACGUCAUUGUCUUUGAAAGAUGAAGUUCGAAAGACAGGAGAGAAUUACUUUCAAGAUCUAAAUUACUACGGUUUAAAGCUUAGCGGAGUGGUUCAUGCAGCAAAAAAUUACCAGGUGGUUGUUGAAGAGAACCGAAAGCUGUACAAUGAAGUGCAAGAACUAAAAGGAAAUAUUAGAGUCUAUUGCCGGAUAAGGCCAUUCCUUAAAGGACAAAACAAGACAGAAACAUCAAUAGAGUACACAGGUGAGAAUGGUGAGCUGGUGGUUGCAAACCCCUUAAAGAAAGGCAAAGACACUCAUCGGUUCUUCAAAUUCAACAAAGUCUUUGGCCCUUCAUCAACUCAAGAAGAAGUAUUCUUAGAUACUCAACCGUUGAUUCGUUCCCUUCUUGAUGGCUAUAAUGUCUGCAUAUUAGCUUAUGGUCAAACAGGUUCUGGAAAGACUUAUACAAUGAGCGGACCAAGCAUAAAUUCAGAAGAACAUUGGGGUGUAAACUAUAGAGCUUUAAAUGACUUGUUCCACUUAACUCAAAGUAGUCAAAACACAGUCAUGUAUGAAGUUGGUGUUCAAAUGGUUGAGAUUUACAAUGAGCAAGUUCGGGACCUACUUUCUGAUGAUGUUCCUGAUGCAAGCAUGCAUUGUGUAAGAUCAACUGAAGAUGUUCUUGAAUUGAUGAAUAUUGGAUUGAUGAAUAGAGCUGUAGGUGCAACAGCUCUUAAUGAAAAGAGUAGUAGAUCACACAGUGUUCUUUCUGUUCAUGUACGCGGUGUUGAUGUCAAGACUGACUCCGAGUUGCGCGGUAGUUUGCAUUUGGUUGAUCUUGCUGGAAGUGAGAGGAUUGAUCGGUCUGAAGUAACCGGAGAUAGACUCAAAGAAGCACAACAUAUAAACAAGUCAUUGUCUGCUCUUGGAGAUGUUAUUUUCGCUCUAGCACAUAAGAAUCCUCAUGUACCUUAUAGAAACAGCAAGCUAACUCAAGUCCUCCAAAAUUCCUUAGGAGGACAAGCGAAAACUCUUAUGUUUGUUCAGAUAAAUCCUGAUGAAGAUUCAUAUGCCGAGACAGUAAGUACUUUGAAGUUCGCGGAAAGAGUUUCGGGUGUCGAGUUAGGUGCAGCAAGAAGCUAUAAGGAAGGACGAGAUGUUAGACAACUCAUGGAACAGGUAUCCAACUUGAAAGAUAUGAUUGCAAAGAAAGACGAAGAACUUCAAAAGUUUCAGAACAUAGACGGUACCAAAAGAAGUGGUUUAAACAAUCUAAGGUUUGAGUCGACUUCUCCAAGAAGACAUUCUUUAGGAGGACUGUCACCAAAUUCUUCAAGGCAAAGACAAGGAUCUCGUUUAAUUGGAAGAACAACUUCAGAUUCAGCAGAUGAACGUGUAUAUCAAAAUGAAUCCAGAUUAUCGCCUAAAUUAUCCGAAACUGAUGGCUCGAAUCUCUUUGCUGAAACCUCAAGUCCUCUUGAAAUGUCUGAACAAUCAGAACAAAAUGAAAAAGCUAGUGUUGAACCAUCAAAGCUACUAAAGCAUACACUAAAAGCAGACCAAACGAGACCUUCUCGUCUGUCAAUUUCCACCUCCUCCUCUAAGGCUUUAACAGGUUCUAAAAGACAGAUUAAUGGCCUUUCAACUUCAGUGAAACCUCUUACCAGAAAGCGAUGA